CAUUACCUGAGAUCGGGAAUGGUUUGAGGAUGAUUACAUGGCUUUCAGCAGCGUCGUCUACCAUACACGUAAUAAGCCGUGGGAUAACGCAAUGCAGCAGAUCGAAGUCGGACCAUGCGGCCCUCCAUUUGGCCGAGAGACAAAAGAAAGAUCGCUAUUCCACCCGCACGUCAGACACGACAUACGGGCCAAGUGGCCAGCCGAUGAGAGACAUCGCUUCGAGAGGUACAGAUCAACUCGCUCCCCUUCUGUUAACAUCCGGCAAAAGCCCUGGUCGGAGGAAGAGUUACAGUGGCUUAAGAACGAGGGCGCAAAUUUCGACGAAAUGGCCGAGAGGACUAAAAAUUCUUAUGACAAGGAACUACCUGCGUAUGCUGGGAAUCUCAAGACUCGUAAAAUUGUUGCAGUUUUGAGAGGAAAACACCGCACACGGUGGCUGAAGAACCCGUUCCAGGAGCACUUUGACCGUCAUAUGGGAUACUGUGAAUCGGAAGAGUGCGACUGGGGGGUUUUCCUACGCUCAGAGAGGUUUUGUGAAUAAAUUGUGGGGGGAUACUAAGGGGUUCAUGUAUAUGUAUGGGUAUAGGUAUGAAGUUGAUGAUGACUGCAGGAUGGCGGCUAUGCAGGUUAAGGAUAUUAUGAGUGAAGAGGGUUGGAGGUUUCUAGCGAUGAGGAGUGGGAGGAUAUGGACGAGGAUGAUACGGACGAGGGCAUGUGUGAGUGUGAGGAUAAUAAGUGCGAGUGCCCUAAUGGCAUUGACUUAGUUCUGAGAGAGUUGUGAAAGGAUAUACGGUAUCUGAGAUUGGUAGAAUAUGGUAUGAGACUGUUGGUGGAGUUUGGUCUUGGCGAGAUAGACUAUGGAGAGAUCGAUGCUAGCUUCGGGGUUUAAUGAAAGCUCCGCAGGCGUUCUCAUAUAUCAAGAUGCAUACCAACUUAGUCAUUAGGGAUGUAGUGUAGUGGCUCUGCAAUAAUCUCUAGCUAAUAG